UCAAUUAUAAAAUUAUCAUUGACAUUUUUUUAUAAACAAAAUAAAUUAUUAAACUCUAAAAUUUUUUUAAUGGCGAAUAAUUUUUGCAUUGCAGACUGAUAAGAUACUUGUAUCCAACAAAUGAUGAGUUGAAAACUCUCGCGAAUAUACCAAAGGAAAAACCAAGAAAAGGAAAGCACUUGCAAAAUGGAAAUUCACAUCAAACUUUUCACGUCCCACGUAAUUUAGACAUUACCUUAGAAAAUGCUCAAGUGACCAACUUGGAUAUCAUUCAUUUAAAGUAUUACUCGGAUUUUCAAUGGCUGUUGGAUUUUUCAAUCUAUGCAACUAUAACUUACGUUCUUACUGAGGUUUAUUAUUAUUUGUAUUCCAUUGAAGGAGAGAUCAAUCUAAGUAUGCUUUGGUGCAUACUAGUAAUUGGAUUUUCAUUGUAUCCUUUUUAUUCAAUAAUUUUUUUUCGACACUAUAAUCAGCGAUCAACAUGUAUCGUCAUGGGAAUCGUUUAUUUAUUGAUUGCAUUAGCAGUUCAAAUAAUUGACGAAAAAAUAAUAGAAAUUGGUCUGAACAAAGCUUACACCAGUUUCAAUCAAAGUGCAACUAAAUUUCUUGGCGAACACGGACUCUCUUCUACGGGACCAGCAUCAGGGAUAGUCUUGAAGUUUUCCCUAGCCGUUUGGUGUGGAUUACUUGGCUCAUUGCUAACUUUUCCGGGUCUGAGGAUGGCGCAAAUGCACUCAGAUGCUUUGAUUUACCACAAACAGCGUAAAAUGUUAUCAUUAUUAGCAAACAUAAGCUUUGCGUCACCUUUACUGCUAGUUUGUUUGUGGAUAAAACCUAUAAGUCGAGAUUAUCUUACUGUAAGAGUUUUUACGGGAGCAAGUGGCCCACUGAUGACUCCAGAUGCAUUUGAAAGUAUGAGACUGAUUGCUAUUAUCGUUGUAGUUUUAUUGAAAUUAUUAUUAAUGCCGAUGUAUCUGCAGUCGUAUUUAAAUUUGGCUGAGCAGAGACUAGAGAAAUUAAAAAAAGAAUCUGGUAGAAUAACUAAUGUUGAUUUACAAAAAAAAAUUGCUGCAGUGUUUUAUUAUCUGUGCGUCGUAUCGAUACAAUUUAUAGCACCAUUGCUACUUGACAAUGUCGACAAUAUUGAAAAAACUAUUACGCAAACUGCUGAAGAAUUCCACUUAGCUUUAGGAUCUUUGAAACAAAUUUUUACAACAGAAGUCUUCCGUGGUUUGUUUGGAUUGGCAACAUGGUGGACCUGUUUUACGAUAUUUGCAACAAAUGCUCUAGGAAUGUUUUGUCAGUCGUACCUGACAGCCGCG